CGUUCUCGUUCGUCGCCGAAGCAACAAGGGCAAAAGCAAACCGCCGUCCCUCUCACUCUCUUGCUUUGCUCCUCCCUUCAAGCUACCAUGAUCAUUCUCUCGACCAAGGUGUACGACCGCACAUAGUCGAUCAUCUGCCCCCAUGUCGAGGAGCACGCAGCAAGGCAUGCAGAGCAGCGAGGGUCUGCCUCGCCUCCUCCAACUAGCUUGCUUUCUCGUCGUCCUUAUAACAGCAUUCACCUCGACGCAGUCAUUGGCUCAGUCAAAUUCAAGGCAAGCGUCGGCAAGAGCGCUUCAGCAUCGAUCAUCGCCCCCAACCCAUCCGCGGGCGAGCGUAUCGAGCUUGGAUGCUCCAUCAGCUAUCGACAACCUCUAUCUAGCAGACCUAGUCAUCCUAUCAGCCAUUGAUGGAUCGCUGACAGCAGUAGACAGGACAAGCGGCAAGACGCAAUGGAUUUUGGAUGGCUCGUCCAUCUCUCUGCCUCCCCUCGUCAGUUCCCACUACGGCAAGAGGCGGUCGUCCCUCGCACGCAUCCUGUCAUCUCCUCUGAGAGAGAGCGAAGGGAUCACAGGCGGCGAUGACGAAGAAUACGAGGAGGCCAAUGUGCCCAUCGAUGGCUUGCCUCCUCAGACACGACAUCUCCUCAACGUCGCCGGGAUGUACGUCGUAGAGCCUGGAUCCUCUGGUCGCCUCUACCUCCUCACAGCAGAUGAGGGGCGCCAUCGCAACGACGACCACAGUAACGCCCAUGGCGGCCAAAACGAGGGCAAGCGACCGAGCAAAGCUCGCCUUCAGCGCCUCCCUCUCACGCUCCCACAACUUGUCGGCCUGUCCCCGUUCACCUUCCCCGGCGACCGAGGUCGAGUCUUCACGGGGACUAAACGCACACGCCUUCUUCGCAUCGACGUCAUCACUGGUCAACUUGACAUAUCUUGGGAGGCAGAUGGCAGCGAGAUGAUGGACCCAAUCAGCAAUGAGCAAGGCGCCGCUGGACGGGACUAUCGAUGGACCUAUCUGGCUCGGACCGACUACACGCUUUCCAUCUCUCUGCCAAGACGACCUCAUCUCAGCCAGACGCUGCAGUACUCAACUUAUUCUCCUCAGUCUGCCGACGCAGACGUGGCCGCUCGAUGGGUUGAGUCGCACGAGUCGCUGGGCACGGGCGCUCCGCCCAAGCAGGGCGUGACGAUUUUGCCAGCGGGGUUGGACCGAGAAGGUAGAGCGGCCAAAGUCACCGCCUGGAACACCACCAUGGAAGGCAAACGACAGAGCUGGACGGCAAGCAUCAACAGCCAAGUUGUCGACGUCUUUGAUGUCCUCUUGCCCGAUCCCCAGACACCGCUUCCCGUCCAUCCUCAUCCCAUUGUGGUGCCUCACCCGCCCUUUGCCCGUGCUGAGGGUUUCGAGGGCUACGAAGGAGAGGAAGACGACGAUGACCUUCUAGAUCUUGACGAUGAGACGCUGCUUACCCUCUCACCGGAGACCGGCUCCCUUUACGCCAUGUCCUCGCAAAGGUUCCCUGGCGUGCUCCGCGACAUCAAGCCAGCUAUCGCGGGAUUGGAUGAAGGGCAGAGAGCAGAACGGGGUCUCAUCCCAGGCUCAGAUCACCAGCCGAUGCAAUGUCGCACUUUCGGUUGUUGGAUGGGCCGCUACCGCGUAGAAGAUGUGGACGUAGAGCAAAGGCAGGCGCUGGACAAGUACGGCCUGCCUGGCGGGUCGAGGAGAACCCCGCUCGAGAUCUCGGACAGGGCUGCCAACCCUGAUCAUCAGACACAGAGAGAUCAGCAAGCCGCUGAGCCCUCACCGUCAAUACUGGAGAGGAUCACGCCCGCACGCGUGCCCUCCAAGAAGACGAUCUUGACACAGGUGGUUGCCGUAGCCGUCAUUGCAGUUCUGACGCUCGCGGUGCGGCGAGGUCUGGUCGAGCAGCGUAGGAUACAGCAGGGCCGAAGUCAUGCAGCGAUCAGUCAGCUCGACUUGCAGUGGCAGUCUACCCUGCGAUCGAAUGACGAGGAGGGUUCAGGCGCGGUAGAGUCAAUCACGACAGCAGGGGAGGGCGCAGCGAGCAAGGUUGAAGAGAUCGUCGAGCGGACACCGCCAGCAGCCGUCACUGAGGCCGAGCGAGCAGCUCAGGCAGAUCAAGCCGCGGCGUCACUGCUCGCAGAGGAGAUUGGCGGCAAAGAAGCAGCAGCAGCAGCAGGUAAUACUACCGCCGACUCAGCUGCAGCCGGCGUCAAGAAGAAGCGUCGCAAGCGCGGCAAGCGAUCAGGUGCGGCUGUAAGAGCGCGGCAAGGCACUGCUGGCGCCGACGAGGAGAGCGGGUCAGAAGGUGAAGGCGCAGCAGAUGGCGGAUUUGCAAAGCAAGUGCAAAGAAGUAACGGCGAAUCGACCUCGAUGGCGAAAAAUGGCUCUUCGUCGACCUUGUCCAACGGCUGGAUCCAAAUCGGACCCGGCUCGCAAUCAGCGCAGGACCAACUCGUGGCCCUCGCCAACUCGCAACCACAAGGCGAUGCGGCCGCCUCGGCCACCCCUGCGCUUCAGCUCAGCGACGAAGUCCUUGGAUACGGCUCAUCCGGCACAGUCGUGUUCAAAGGUCGAUUCCAGAACCGCCUCGUAGCAGUCAAGCGUCUACUGGUAGACUUCGUCCACCUAGCUUCACAGGAGAUCUCUCUCCUCGAGUCAGCAGACGAUCACCCUAAUGUCAUUCGCUACUUCUACAAGGAGCAGGUGGGCAAUUUCCUCUUCAUUGCUCUCGAGCUCUGCCCCGCUUCUCUUGGCGACCUCGUUGAAAAACCCGACGAGUGGCAGGAUUUGGCAGUUAGACUGGAGCCGAAGAGGGCUAUCAAGGAGGUGGCGGGUGGUUUGAGGCACCUGCAUGGCCUGAGCAUUGUUCAUCGGGAUAUCAAGCCGCAGAACAUCUUGGUUGCGUAUGCGAAUCCACACGCACCCAAGACUUCGCCGCUCAAGAUGCUUCUGUCCGACUUUGGGCUCAGCAAGCGGUUGGACUCCGUGGCGCAGAGUAGCUUUUCGCAGACGAUGCAUCAUCCGGGGGGCACGGCAGGAUGGCGAGCGCCGGAGAUCUUGAGGGGGGAUGUGAGCUUGGAGGAAGCGUCGGGGGGCAGUCAGUCGUCCAGCUUGACGGCUGCCCAGGCUACGAACAUGGCCAACGGCAGCAGUGCCAAUGGCUCGUCAUCACGCACUCGCCUGACCCGCGCAGUCGAUAUCUUUGCGCUCGGCUGCCUAUCCUACUAUCUCCUCACCUCAGGCGACCACCCCUUCGGCGCACGAUAUGAGCGGGAGGUGAACAUCAUGCGGAACCAGUCGAACCUCUCGCGCCUCGAAGCGUUUGGAGAGGAAGGGCACGAAGCCAGCCAUUUGAUCCGCAACAUGAUCCAGCCCGAGCCGACAGGCAGGCUGAGGGCGGUGCAGGUCCUUGCACACCCGUACUUUUGGGACUCGGCGAAGCGGUUGGGCUUCUUGCAGGAUGUGAGCGAUCGACUCGAGGUGAUUGAGAGGGAGAAGGCGGCGACCGGAUCACAGGGUGCCGCGGCAGCUGCAGCGGCCGCGGCCUCCUCAUCAGCACUCGCUCCGCCUCCGCCACCGGACGACGCCGAGUCCUCGCUCCUGCUCCGUCAACUGGAAUCGUCCUCUCGCCUCGUCACGGAAGGCGGCGACUGGACGCGCAAAGUAGACAAAGCAUUCAUGGACGACCUAGGCAAGUGGCGCAAAUACCACGGCUCUUCCGUCCGCGACCUCCUUCGCGCCUUGCGCAAUAAGAAACAUCACUACCAGGACAUGCCACCUGCCCUCAGGAGAAGCAUGGGCGCUAUGCCUGAAGGAUUUCUGGGGUAUUUUACGAGGAGGUUCCCGAAACUGUUCUUGCAUGUGUAUGAAGUGGUCGAGAAGUGCGACUUUGUUAAGAGCGAGAGCGCAUUUAGGACUUACUUUGCAGAUCAGGAGCAGAUGUAGGCGUAGGCGAGGAGGCCUGUGGCAGGCUCGGGGC